AUGUCUGAUGGAACGAGAAAGAUAAAAACAGCUAAGAAUGGUGGCGAAGACGAAAUUAAAUUACAUGAGUUAUUCAAAUUAGUCGAUAAAAAUCAAGAUUAUGAAAUUGGUGUUGAAGAGCUCAUUCAGGCUCUUGGACGAAUUGGAGUUAAAACACAAGAAAAACGAAUGGAAAUUGCACGACGUAUAUUGAAAGAAAGUGGUAGCGAGAAUCGAAUAACAUUCAAACAAUUUUCUAAGUACGUCCUAGAACCGCAACAGAAUAAACUUCGACUAUUAUUCAAGCACAUCGACUCUGAUCAAAGCGGUUCAUUUGAUGCCAAAGAGUUGAUUAGGUAUUUUAAAAAUCACGGUAUUGCCGUUGGUCCAGAAGAAGCCAAGCAAAUCGAUAGCGACGGUUCACUGGAAAUUUCAUGGGAUGAAUGGCGUUCGUAUUUUUUAAUGAAUCUGUAUGUUCUGGAUAUUAGUGACGAUGCUCAAGAGAUGCUUGGACACUGGAGAUCAGUGACGCACGUUAUGAACGUUGUUGUUGAUGAUUCAUUAUUCAUUCCACCAUACAUACCAAACGACGCAUGGUUUCCAAUGUUUGUUGCCACGGGCAUAGCCGGCGCUUUUGCAAAAACCUUAACAGCACCAUUUGACCGAAUGAAAACAGUUAUGCAGUAUCUAGGUUCACAAGAACAAAUUGGUUUGAUCGAUGGAUACAAGUAUUUAAUCAAAGAAGGUGGUAUGGAAUCUUUGUGGCGAGGAAAUGGAAUGUCAAUUCUAAAAUGUAUGCCAGAUUAUGUUGGAAAAUUUACUGCAUUCGAACAAAUUAAAAUAUUAUUGAACAGAAUCCAUGGCAAAGAUGAAAAAUCAGACUUAAAAGGCAUAGAACGAUAUUUAGCCGGAAGUGCGGCAGGUAUUAUUGGCAUCACGAGUACUUAUCCUCUUGAUGUUCUUCGAAUUCGUUUGAUACUGAGACGUUCCGGUGAAUUUACAGGUAUUUUUGAUGCUGUUAAAAAGAUUUAUCGCAACGAAGGUCUACGUGCUUUUGGACGUGGUUACCCAUUGUCACUUUUCUACAUAAUGCCAGCCUCUGGUAUUAAUUUUGGACUGUAUGAGGUACAAAUCGAUUUUGAUAGUCUGCUAAACGGCACAAUUGUACUGUCUCGAAUUACCCCAGCGAGACACACUGACAGCCCCGAAUUACCCCAAAUUGGGUAA